AGAGAGGACGGUGCAUGCGUGUUGACAGAGAACCGCGCGCAUAAUAAAUCCUCGUGUCGCCCGUCCGGCGGUCCGCGAUGCAGUGCGACUGGUCCCUGCUGGGGCCGCUGCAGUGGAUGCGUUACGUCAACAAACAGGUGAAGGUGAAGGCGGGAAAAGACGAAGAGCGCCGCGGCUGGCUGCUCACCGUGGACCCGGUCUCCGCCAGCCUGGUCCUGGUGGACUUCGGGGAGGAGGAGGGCGGGAGGGCGUCGGUGCAGGUGGUGAUGGGCCACGCCGUGGAGCAGGUGGAGGUCCUGCAGGAGGCCGACGAGGAGACCACGGUGCGUCUGCAGACCUCCUUCCUCCCCCCGGAGACCCACAGCCUGGACCCGGCGGAGCUGCGGAGGAGGAGAGGGGUCGUCCGCCGGUGGCUGGAGAAGAACCGGCUCCCGGUGGAGGAGGAGGGCGACGAGCUGACGGUGGCGGGGGCCCUGACCAUCGUGGCCCCGUACGGACCCGAAGACUGCCGCAGCUCCAACCAGAUCAUCCUGGACCGCAUCCAGAAGCUGCUCCAGAAUCGGACCCAGGUUCAACCGGAUCACCCAGAAACCGACCCAGCCUGAUCCAGCCUCCCCAAAUCAAGACCCACAGAGCCUUGGUCCAGACUCCUCGAACACCUGGACAAUAAUUCAGAACUUGAAAUUUUGUCCGAAACCUUUCAGGAAGUAAAAAUCCACCAAUCGGAUGCCUGCUCUGUGUGCCGACCAAUCAGAGCGCGACAGCAGCGGUGACUGAUGGCUGUUCUGGGAUCAGUUUGAGUUCAGAUUUUUUUUUUUUUUUUUUUUCCUCAUUUGUGUCCAGUUAAAAAAGAUAUAUUGUCCUAAAGAGUCUUCUAAUUGUUUUUGAGGAAUAUUAUGGACAAGAUUUGGCAACUAUUUAUAUUUGGAAAUGUUCAAAUUAUAUUUGUUUAUUUGACUUUAAAUUGUUUCGUUUAAAGUUUAAGUUAUUUUAUUUUUUACAUUUGUACAUUUUUGUAAAGUUAUUCUGCCUUAAAUAAAAUUGGUAGAGAAAAAAAUCAAGUUGGAUGA